AUUGUAACAGCAUUGUUUUUUAUGAUUGCUGCCCAUUUGGAGACUCUUCGUCUAAAGUCAUUGUACAGAGAUGCCGUCCAGCCGGGAGCGGGAUGCCAAAAAGCGGGAUGCCAAAAAGCAGGAGGCCAAAAAGCGGGAUGCUGAAGAGAGAGAUGACCAAGAGCCGAGCUGCCAAGAGCAGGGCGACCAAGAGCUUGUCUCAAAAGCCCAAACCAGUCCAUGGUCUGAUUCCCAGCAUUGUAAAGUUCAUCACGUCAAAGAACUGGACGCCCAAGAGCGGGAUACUCAAGAACUGGACGCCCAGGAUCGGGAUACUCAAGAAAUGGACGCCCAAGAGCGGAAUACUCAAGAUGCCCAAGAGGGGAAUACUCGACAUCCCCAAAACCCAAAACGGCCAUGCUUGGAUCCGAGAGAGGAACGCGAUCAAAUAAGUGACACUGAAGAGAGUGAUUCCAAAGAGAGUGACGUCCGAAUAAGUGAUGCCCACAAGAGCGACGCCCAAGAGAGUGACGCCCCCGGGAGUGACGCGCCGACCACUGCCCCAGAGAGUGACGCCCAGGAGAGUGAUUUUCAAGAUGCCCAAGAGGGGAAUACUCAACAUCGCCAAACCCCGAAACGGCCAUGCUUGGAUCCGAGAGAGGAACGCGAUCAAAUAAGUGACACCGAAGACAGUGACUCCAAAGAGAGUGACGGCCAAAAGAGUGAUGCCCACGAGAGCGACGCCCAAGAGAGUGACGCCACAGAGAGUGACGCCCCGGCCAGUGCACCAGAGAGUGACGCCCAGGAGAGUGAUUCUCAAGAUGCCCAAGAGGGGAAUACUCAACAUCGCCAAACCCCAAAACGGCCAUGCUUGGAUCCGAGAGAGGAACGCGAUCAAAUAAGUGACACUGAAGAGAGUGAUUCCAAAGAGAGUGACGUCCAAAGGAGUGAUGCCCAUGAAAGCUACGCCCAAGAGAGUGACGCCACAGGGAGUGACGCGCCGGCCAGUGCACCAGAGAAUGACGCCCAGGAGAGUGAUUCUCAAGAUGCCCAAGAGGGGAAUACUCAACAUCGCCAAACCCCAAAACGGCCAUGCUUGGAUCCGAGAGAGGAACGCGAUCAAAUAAGUGACACCGAAGACAGUGACUCCAAAGAGAGUGACGGCCAAAGGAGUGAUGCCCACGAGAGCGACGCCCAAGAGAGUGACGCCACAGAGAGUGACGCCCCGGCCAGUGCACCAGAGAGUGACGCCCAGGAGAGUGAUUCUCAAGAUGCCCAAAAGGGGAAUACUCAACAUCGCCAAACCCCAAAACGGCCACGCUUGGAUCCGAGAGAGGAACGCGAUCAAAUAAGUGACACUGAAGAGAGUGAUUCCAAAGAGAGUGACGUCCAAAGGAGUGAUGCCCAUGAAAGCUACGCCCAAGAGAGUGACGCCACAGGGAGUGACGCGCCGGCCAGUACACCAGAGAGUGACGCCCAGGAGAGUGAUUCUCAAGAUGCCCAAGAGGGGAAUACUCAACAUCGCCAAACCCCAAAACGGCCAUGCUUGGAUCCGAGAGAGGAACGCGAUCAAAUAAGUGACACCGAAGACAGUGAUUCCAAAGAGAGUGACGUCCAAAGGAGUGAUGCCCACGAAAGCUACGCCCAAGAGAGUGACGCCACAUGGAGUGACGCCCCGGCCAGUGCCCCAGAGAGUGACGCCCAGGAGACUGAUUCUCAAGACAAGAAUGACUGGUACCAACUUUUCCUGAGAUUUCCCCCGGAGCCGCGCUGUGAUCUUGAAGACCAGUGCUCACAACAGCAGGAGUUGAACAUCCCACGCCAGGAGCAGGACGUCGCACAGGGGGAGGUCGAACAUUGGGAGCGGGAAGAGCUGCCGUAUGAGCUGUUGCAACAGAUGAAGCAGCAUGACGAACAGCAAAAGCGGGAUGUACAACAGCGAGACGACCAACAGUGGAAAAUGGCGGACGAACAGUGGAAGGGGAAUUCCCAACAGCAGGAGGUGGAUAUAUCAAAGUGGAAGCGGGCGGUCCAAAAAUGGGAGCGGCACGCCCUAAGGCGGAGGCGGGAUUGUGACCAACCUCUGGAGAGUGAUGUCCAACAGCGAGAGCGGGAGCUGCAGUAUCAACAGCGAGAGGGGGAGCUGCAGGUCCAACAGCGAGAAUGGGAGCGCCAUGUCCAACAGUGGGAGUGGGAGCUCCAUGUCCAACAGCGGAAAUGGGAGCUGCAGGUCGAACAGCGGGAGUGGGAGCUGCACAUCCAGCAGCAGGAGUGGGAGCUGCACAUGCAACAGUGGGAAAGGGAGCUGCACGUCCAACAGCAGGAGUGGGAGAUGCACGUUGAACACCAGGAGUGGGAGCGGAAGGUCCAACAGCAGGAUUGGGAGGUUCAAGGCCAUGAGUUCAACAGCGUGAGUGGGACGUCCAACCGGAGCCUUAGUUCCAAAAGCGGAGCGUAG